AUGUGUCACACAGAGUCACACAGGUGUGACACAGAGUCACACAGGUGUGACACAGAGUCACACAGGUGUGACACAGAGUCACACAGGUGUGACACAGAGUCACACAGGUGUGACACUGUGUCACAAAGAUGUAACCCUGAGUCACACAUCUGUCACACUAAUCACAAAGAUGUAACUCUGAGUCACACAUCUGUGUGA